AUGUCAUCGCCAGACGCGUUGCAGUUGUGGGAUGUGCGCUCCGAGAAGCUAUCAAGAAUCCCGAUGAUCCCGGUACUGGCCAUCAAGCACCCGGAGGAGUCUUAUUCUACAUCGCAAGCGACGGUAAACUCAACGACCACGUUUUCACCCUCGUUCGCAUCUGCUCAGACGCCAGACGAUAUGAGCAAAAAAGGAGGAUCGGCGGCCGGGUUAGCUGAGGCGAACCACCUCGGGGAGCGCUACAGCAGCUCCAACGGCUCCACAUUUGUCUCGGACGACGGGCAGUGCUCCGGCGAAACGGCGGCGGUGUGCACGCCCUUCCGCUAUCAUGAAAACUCAGAUUCGUGUGUGUGCCCCAUGUGUAAGCUGACACUUUACAUUUCCCACGUGUACCGCGACCAGCGUCGCGCCUCCCCACACGUGAUGGCGGCGCGGCCCUCGUCCGAGUACGUGAUGACCCCGGAUGGGUCACUACCGCUGCUGACGCCGAUCUACAAACCAGAUGGCGUGUCGGUGUGCCCGGUGUACGCCGCUUUUGGCUUCUGUCCCUUUCUCAGCGGCUGCUUCUUGCCGCACGACGAGGGCAGCUGCGCCUCCGCGCGAGUGCCGCGACGGGCGUCGGCGGAGGAGGAGCUGAAGCGACUGACGCAGCGGGCGACGGAGCUGCGAUGCAGCGACGUGUGGGCGUGCCAGGUGUGCGGCUACAGCCAUGUGGACGAGUUUUGCGAAGUGGCGCUAGGCACGGAACACUACUUCCGUCAGUGCCCGCGUUGCACCUUGAUGUGCUUCUUUCCAAACAUCACGUACCUCGUGGAGCACAUCUUGUGCAGCGUUGGUGACGACUACCAGCUGUUCAAGACGGAGGUGGAUCGCUACCGAGGACUGCUGCCGGACUUGUUCAAGAUCCCGCUUACCUUCGAGGCCCACCGCGUGGCAAGCAUUGUUUUUGCAUGGAGCCUCCUCUCACCGGUGCACGCGCGUGACGCGAUGAACAGUGUUGUGCAAGAGUUUCCUAAUGUCGAGUCUAUCAUCAGCGUUGGGAGCGGGGCCGGGUACAUUGAGCACAUCUUCAACCGUGUCAUGCACCAGGUGCCGCUGCGAGAAGAGUGGGCGGUGGAUCGAAAACGCUUUCCUACGACGUCCUUCGACGACGUGCGGUGCGACUUCUACGGCAAGCGUACCAUCCCCAUCUUCGCCCUCGACGCGCUGGCGCUGCGGAGGACAUACAGCGUGCAUGUCUCCAUAGGGGGCCCGAUCUCCCUCUACUCGUUCAACUGCAAGCAGUCGGUGCUGCUGCUCUGCUGGCCGCCGUUUGGCUCUCGGGAGCGGGAGGAGAGCUCGAUGGCCUUUGAGGCGCUCGAGUACUUUACGCGCGAGGGCGGCUCGGUGCUCAUCUAUAUUGGCGACACCGCCGCGACGGGGGACUGGCGCUUUCACAUGCUUCUCAAGUCCCACUACAAGCUCGUGCGGGAUUACCCGGUGCGCCGAGAGCUGCGUCGGUGGUGCCCACAGGAGAUGGGCUUCGUGUAUGGCGGCAACGACACCAUCGGUGUCUACCGACUGCGCGAGAUUCCGCUGCCUUUGGUGGGAUUCAGUUAG